CUCUAUCUUUGUCCCUGCAGCUCUUCUUUGUCUUAAAGAAGACGAAACAAUUUCGAACGCCUUCUCUCUCUAAAGUCUUCCAUGGGAGUUAGCUUAAAGCGUUGAACCGAAUUAUAGCAUAGAGAAGAAGAAGAAGAAGAAGAAGAAGAAGAAGAAGAAGAAGAAGAAGAAGAAGAACCAGAAAAAGAAUUCUCAAUGUUCUUCCAUUUUGCUUGUGGAACCAUAGUCGUCACUGACUUGCUGGAUUCAGUCGAUGGCAUCAUCGUCCAGAACGCGGAGUAGUUCGCCGUUUUCGCACCGGAAAUCUGUUUCGUCUUCUUCUUCGAGUCAAUCGCCGAGUUCUUUCACGAACGGGAAGAUGAUUCCACGAUCUUGUUCGAGUUCAGCAUCUUCGCAUUAUGGAAUGAGCAGUGGAUUUGGUUCUAGAUCGAUGGUUAAUGGUGGUGGUUAUGAUGAUUGCUCACCGGUAGGGUUUAUUUCCGAUGAUUUGAUGUCUGAGUCUGUGGAUGAGCCGAGGAACGGGGAUAGCAUUUCUGUGACGAUUCGUUUUCGGCCUUUGAGCGAGAGGGAGUUCCUGAAAGGGGAUGAGAUUGCUUGGUAUGCGGACGGGGACAAGAUCGUACGCAAUGAGUAUAAUCCAGCCACGGCCUAUGGAUUUGAUAAGGUGUUUGGACCAGAUACGAUUUCACCGGAGGUGUAUGAAGUUGCGGCUAAACCAGUCGUUAAGGCAGCUAUGGAGGGUGUUCAUGGAACGGUAUUUGCUUACGGUGUGACAAGCAGUGGGAAGACACACACUAUGCAUGGAGAUCAAAACUCUCCAGGGAUCAUACCACUGGCUAUAAAAGAUGUCUUCAGCAUUAUCCAAGAUACUCCUGGAAGAGAAUUCUUGCUCCGUGUAUCUUACCUUGAAAUAUACAACGAAGUGAUAAAUGACUUGCUGGAUCCAACAGGUCAGAAUUUGCGUGUUAGGGAAGAUGCACAGGGUACUUAUGUUGAGGGUAUAAAGGAAGAAGUGGUUUUGUCUCCUGGACAUGCUUUAUCAUUUAUAGCCGCUGGAGAAGAGCAUCGUCACGUUGGAUCAAACAAUUUCAAUCUUUUUAGUAGCCGGAGUCACACCAUCUUUACGCUGAUGAUUGAAAGUAGUGCACGUGGUGAUGAGUAUGACGGUGUCAUCUUCUCUCAACUUAACUUGAUAGAUUUAGCUGGGUCGGAGAGCUCAAAGACCGAAACUACUGGACUGAGGAGAAAGGAAGGAGCCUAUAUAAACAAAAGCCUUUUGACUCUUGGAACAGUUAUUGGGAAAUUAAGCGAGGGAAAGGCAUCCCAUGUUCCUUAUCGAGAUUCUAAGCUUACCCGUCUUCUUCAAUCCUCACUCAGUGGGCAUGGACACGUUUCACUCAUUUGCACUGUAACUCCUGCAUCCAGUAACAUGGAGGAAACUCACAAUACAUUGAAGUUUGCUAGCAGGGCCAAACGAGUUGAAAUCUAUGCCUCGCGCAAUAAGAUAAUUGAUGAAAAGUCUUUGAUAAAGAAGUAUCAGACAGAAAUUUCAAUCCUCAAGCAAGAACUUGAUCAAUUAAAGAGGGGGAUGCUGGCUGGUGUUAAUCAUGAGGAGAUAAUGAAUUUAAGGCAGCAGUUGGAAGAAGGUCAAGUGAAAAUGCAAUCAAGAUUAGAAGAAGAGGAAGAAGCUAAGGUUGCUCUCAUGAGUAGGAUUCAGAGGUUGACUAAACUCAUACUCGUCUCUUCUAAGAACUCUAUUCCUGGAUGUUUGAGUGACGUUCCUAGUCAUCAAAGGAACAAAUCUUCUUUUGAUGAUAAGGUUGAGGUCACCCAAGGGUUACUUUCCGGAAGUGAGAAUCAAAAUGAUCUAUCUUCAAUUGUUCACUCAGAUCAGUUGAACGGUGAACUCUUACCAGCUGAUAGUACAAUCACUGGAUCAUCUAACGGGGAGAUGACAAUGUCAGAUCAAAUGGAUCUACUGGUCGAGCAAGUUAAGAUGCUGGCUGAAGAGAUUGCGUUUGAAACCAGCGCACUGAAACGUUUGAUUGAGCAGUCUGUUGAUGAUCCUGAUGGUUCUAAAGUUCAAAUCCAGAACUUAGAACAAGAAAUUCAAGAAAAAAAGAGGCAAAUGAGAGCUUUGGAACAACGAAUUAACGAGGGUAGCGAGCCUUCAAUUUCUAGUGCAUCGAUGGUUGAAAUGCAGCAGACUGUUACAAGAUUAAUGACUCAGUGCGGUGAAAAGGAAUUUGAGCUUGAGCUCAAAAAGGCAGACAACCGUGUUCUUCAAGAGCAAUUGCAGAACAAGUGUGCAGAGAACAGAGAAUUACAGGAGAAAGUAGAACUCUUAGAGCAUCAAUUGGCUUCAGUUACUAGCAAUAAAUUGUCAACUUCAUCUGAAAAUUGUCUUCCAGAAAAAUAUGUAGAAGAAUUCAAAAAGAAGAUUCAAUCUCAGGAGAUUGAGAAUGAGAAACUGAAAUUGGAAUCAGUUCACUUUUCAGAAGAGAUCAGUGGGUUGCAUGUACAGAAUCAAAAAUUGGCAGAAGAAGCUUCUUACGCAAAGGAGCUAGCCUCUGCUGCAGCUGUUGAGCUGAAAAAUUUAGCAGCUGAAGUCACGAAGCUCUCCUUACAAAAUGCAAAAUUAGAAAAGGAGUUAUUGAGUGCACGAGAAUUGGCCCACUCUAAGAAUACACAGAAUAAUCACAGUGGAAACCGCAAGUACAUUGAUGGUUCAAAACCUGGAAGGAAGGGAAGGCUCUCUGGCCGGUCUAUUGAUGUUUCAGCAGCAACCAGUGAUGAUUUUGAAUCUUGGAAUCUUGAUCCAGAUGAUUUAAAAAUGGAACUUCACGCAAGGAAACAAAGAGAGGAGGCCCUUGAGGCUGCUUUAGCUGAAAAGGAGCUCCUAGAAGAUGAUUACCGAAAGAAAAUGGAAGAGGCAAAGAAAAGGGAAGCGUCUCUUGAAAAUGAUUUAGCCAAUAUGUGGGUACUGGUUGCCAAGUUGAAGAAAGAGGCCGGAGGUGGAGCUAUUUCAGAUGUUAAAAGUGAUGCAAGGCAGAAUUCUGGAACAGAAAAUGAUAUCGAUUCAAAGACGGAUGAUAAUGAAACCAUAACCAUCUUUAAAGAAGAUGCUGAUCCUGUAGAUGAUUCGAAAAAAUCUGAAGAAACCCAUGAGGAGGAACCACUGGUUGUUCGCCUAAAGGCACGGAUGCAAGUGAUGAAGGAAAAGGAUCUGAAGUGCCUAGAAAAUGUAGAUACGAAUUCACACAUGUGUAAAGUAUGUUUUGAAUUGCCAACUGCAGCAAUUCUUCUUCCAUGUCGACAUUUUUGUUUAUGUAAAUCUUGUUCACUUGCCUGUUCUGAGUGUCCAAUCUGUCGGACAAAGAUUGUAGAUAGGCUCUUUGCAUUUACUUCUUGACAUGUUGUUCCAUGCCUGCCUUUCCCCACAAGGAAUUCAAUAUUGAAUCUACAAUGCGACGGAGGACUAGAUUCUUCUAUUUGAUUUGCUUGCAUGCAACUGUACAAAAAGGUACAUAAUUAAUUUAUUGUGUUCUAAGUCUCUGAGAGAUGUAAAAUAAUCAUACCAGAAGUAGUUAAGGAACUUCAUAUUUCAACAUGGAAUUCUUUUUUGAUUAGUUGUUUCACUUAAACUACCAAUUUAUAUCUGGAUAGGGCUCUAGAACAUCCUUCUAUAUCUAUACAUAUAUAUAUGUAUGAAUGUAUGUAUAUGCAUAUCAUUAAUUCAGUCACAUUGUGCUUGUAGAACCUUUUGCCUUGUGGAUCUCUGCCCCUGUUCAAUUCAUGCAGAUUUGGAAAAGGGUUUGUUUUUGUUUUUGUUUUUGUUUUCUUGCACAAUAUUCCUUCCUUCUACUGCUAUCUUAAUAUUUAUUCAAGGCUGUGAUUAAACGAUGUCGUUUCAUACGGACUUUCUAGAGAGAGAAAGAUAAGGAUAAAGAUAAAGAGAGAGUGGAAAUUUAAGGAAUGAACAACAUAGGGCUGCAGCUCAGCUUGCAGGAAUAUUGUUGGGAAUUUCUCAAAGUAAGCAUUUAAUGCAACUUAAUAAAUGUCUGCCUUUGUUCUUUGUA